CUCGGCGCACUUCCGGUGUGCGCGAGGAGGAGUGUUCCGCAGUUUGCACCAAAGAGACUUGAACGUAGGUAUUGGCCGGCCCUCCAGAUGGCCCUCAACAAAUCUAUGCAUGAGAGGAAUAGGUACAAGAACAAACCUCCCGACUUCGCUUUUCUGGCAUCCAAGUAUCCAGAAUUUAACCAGCACGUGCAAAUUAAUUUGUCAGGAAGAAUGAGUUUAAAUUUCAAGGAUCCACAAGCAGUAAGAGCACUAACAUGUACGCUGCUGAAAGAAGAUUUUGGACUUCAGAUAGAUAUACCAUUAGAAAGGCUUAUUCCAACUGUUCCCCUGAGACUGAAUUAUAUCCACUGGGUUGAAGAUCUAAUUGCUCAGCAAGAUACUGCUACUAAAGGUUCUGUUACAUGGGGAAUAGACAUAGGUACUGGUGCAUCCUGUAUUUACCCAUUACUUGGUGCAACUUUGAAUGGAUGGUAUUUUAUUGCAACAGAAGUGGAUGAUAUAUGUUUCAGCUAUGCCAAGAAAAAUGUAGAGCAAAAUAACUUAUCUGAUCUUAUAAAAGUGGUUAAAGUACCACAAAAAACACUACUACUGGAUGCGUUAGAAGAAGAGUGUGAAGUUAUUUAUGAUUUCUGUAUGUGCAAUCCUCCAUUUUUUGCCAACCAACUAGAAGCAAAGGGAGUAAAUUCUCGUAAUCCUAGAAGGCCACCUCCUAGUUCAGUCAAUACAGGAGGCAUAACUGAGAUCAUGGCUGAAGGAGGAGAGCUAGAAUUUGUCAAGAGAAUCAUUCAUGAUAGCUUGCAACUUAAAAAAAGAUUACGGUGGUAUAGUUGUAUGUUGGGAAAGAAAUGCAGUUUGGCACCAUUGAAAGAAGAACUACGAAUCCAUAGAGUUCCUAAAGUCACCCACACUGAAUUCUGCCAAGGUCGUACUAUGCGGUGGGCCCUGGCUUGGAGCUUUUAUGAAAAUGUCAAAGUUCCAUCACCUCCUUCUAAGAAAAGGAAACUAGAAAAACCUCGGAAACCAAUCAUAUUUCUUGUCUUGGCAUCUACUGUCAAAGAGUUAGGUAUGAAAGCUUCAUCUGUAGGAAUCAAUGCUGUUGAAGGAUUAGAAGUUGUUGCAGCAUGGAUUAGAAAACUCCUCACUGACCUGAAGGUCCAGCAUAAAACACUUCCGUGUGGAAAAGAUGAGGUCAGCUUAUUUCUAACAGCUGUGGAAAAUUCCUGGAUACAUUUAAGGAGAAAAAAGAGGGACAGAGUCCGGCAACUGCGUGAACUUCCUCGGGCAUCUGAAGAUUUCCUGCAAUCAGCAGAAGAAAAGGAUCAGAAAACAUCCAGUAACAUCUCUGAGUGUGAAGGAAAUGCAAAUGAAUCUACUGAAAAAUCAUCUGAGGUACUUUGUCUUGAUGUUGAGUCACCAGAAGGUAAUGGACUCAAUAAUAUACCUGCAAUUCAGGAGGAAAAUGUCCAGGGAUCCACCGAGGAAAACAGCAGUGCAGAGGAACCAUCCCUUAUUUCAGAAUCCAAAGAUAUUUCCAGUAAUCAAAAUGAAGGGACCAUGACCUUUGCUUCUGAAAUUCUGACUCUUGAAACUGGACAGAACGAUACAGGAGAAUGGUUCCUAUUCAAAUGUAUGUUAAUUGUGAAGAAAGAAGGUCCUGAUAUUUUAGUAGAAAUGCACUGGAUUGCUGGACAGAACAGAGACUUAAUGAAUCAACUGUGCACUUACCUAAAGAAUCAGAUGUUUCGUUUGAUCACAACUUAGACAUAUGGAUGUAUGGGAGAAUUAUCCUUUGUAAUAUUGCUUUUGUAUUUAAUAGCAUUCACAAUGGCACCUCUUAUAGGUAAUAGGUCCUAAAAACUUCUGAAAUUUGAGGUGUUUAUGAUUAGUUUAAAAAAAAUGCUUACUUUCCACUGGAAUAAUUCAGAUGUAUGUUAUAAUUGUACUUUUCUUACUGAUUUCAGUGAGUCAUAAAUGUAACAAGCUUAAUCGGAAUCAUUUCUCCUGUAAUCAUUACCUUUGUGUAAUGUAUUUGAGUUAAUAUUUUUGUUUCACUUUACAUGUUGAAAGAGUACACUGUAAUUGAAUUAAAAAUAUCAUAAAAAUUAUUGUCAGCUUU